AUGUUUAUUGUAGCGCUAGCUGUCAGUGACUUACUAAUAUCGGUCAGCUGUAUGCCUCUUUCAGUUGCUACUCUCUUUCAAAGGCGAUGGAUAUUCGGGACUACUGUUUGUCAACUACAGGGUUUUGCGAUGUUUACGUUUUCAUUGGCGUCUCUAAAUACCAUGGGGGUUAUUGCAGUUAGCCGAUAUUUUUGCGUGGUGAAACCAACGAAGUACAUUGUUUUAUUCAGAAAACAAAGAAGUUUGAUAUACACUGCGGCAGUAUGGUGUAUGGCUCUCAUUGGUUCAGUGCCUCCGCUAAUUUUUCAGACAGGCGGAUACACUUUCCAACCAGGAAAAGCAAUGUGCAUGUACCCAUUCCAAACUAACAUUGCUUAUACCGUCUCCAUCGAAUGUGUGUUUGUCGCUGCGCCCUUUACACUCAUCACUUUCUGCUACGCCAAAGUGUUCUACACAGUGUCAAGAUCAAAUCGCGUUAUCACGCAAGAAAAUAACCCUGAACAGCUCAGAGCAAACGUCGAAGAAGCAAAAGUGACCAAGACAUCAGCCUUGGUCAUGGCCAGUUUCUCCUUAUGUUGGCUUCCUAUCAGCAUUAUGGAUUACAUCGACGCAGCACGCGGGGAGCCCACUUUGCCACGUAAGGUGUAUCUCACAUACGGGUUUCUGGUCUACCUAAGCAGUGCAGUUAACCCCUUCAUAUAUGGCGCUACCCACAGGCGCUUCAGACAAGAGUACAAAACUGUUUUGAAAAAGAUUGGUUUGAUCUUUACUUGUGGCCGUUUCAGCUGAAGACAGAAUCGAACGUCCGAUAAUCCGCCAAGUUUACUGGUGUUGGAGCUUUAAAUUUUGUACAUACAAGUUGUUGCACUGCAUUAUAAUCGCCAUUAAACUUUUUGAUAAACUCGGAAAAGAAAUGCAAGUCUCGGAUGAUUGGUGUGCAUAUAUAAUAAGAAUCAUUGUCGGCAUCAUAAUAAAAAUUUCAAUUAGAAUAGAUUGUUUUUCAAACUCUAAUUUAGUAUCUUCCUAAUAAUAGAGAACGAACGCUUCAUUGCAUUUGACAUAGAGUAAAGUUAUUGUCAGACCAACACUGACCGUACAUUAUCUCUUCACAAAUGAGACCGUAAUGGUAUGAAAAUAUUCUUUACGAAGAUGCUGGAUGCGAAUGAAUUAAUUUCAAGUUUUAAUAAACUCGUAAACCAUUACAAAGAAGGAAAUGUUUGCGAACUGAAUGAAGCCAACUGACAGGUUAAGUGACAAAUGUCAAAUUUCUCUGUGUAUUUUUGGAAAACAGAGAGGCAGACUCUAUUGGCUGCUAGAAUAUUUCUACUUUUUGGAGGUAAAUUUUGAAACUGUUUAAUUGUUGGCUGUGAAAGAAGGAAUUCAAAUUACUUUCUUGUUUGGUAUUUAUAUAAAUAACUACUGAGAAAACAUUUUCAUAAAUGAAACGAGACAAACACCUGCUGUAAAAAGACUACUUCCUUCAAUAGUCCAGCUGUUAUCGACCGAAAAUAUAGAAAAUUAAAUAUAUACACACUCAGUAUCUUGGUGAUUUAAGCAAUCUGAUUGGUUCGCUAUCUCGGACUAUUCAACAUUAUUCACCUCCUAGCGGGUGGAUAAUGUGUGAGCUCAGAGUUUUUCCAAUUUUUUGAGAGAACGAUCUUUUAAAAGUCCACAAAAUCCUAGGACUGACUUUUUGUAAGGCAAGAAAAGUCUUGGAAGGAUUCAAUAUGGCGUUUUUUAACUUACUGUAGCUGAGUUUUGUGCUCAAUGGAUUGUCUACAACUUCCGUGUAUUCGCGUAGAAGAAGCCGUUUCGUUCACUCAGCGUCUUGUAAAAAGAAAAUUUAUUUCUAAUAAUAGAGUACGAACGCUUUGUUGCAUUUGACAUAAAGUAAAGUUAUUUUCUGACCGACACUGACCGUACAUUAUCUCUUCACAAAUGAGACCGUAACGGUAUGAAAAUAUUCUUUACGAAGAUGUUGGAUGUGAAUGAAUUAAAUGUCAAGUUUUAACAAACCCGUAAACCAUCACAAACAAGGAAAUGUCUGCGAAGUGAAUGAAGCCAACUGACAGGUUAAGUGACAAAUGUCAAAUUUCUCCGUGUAUUUUUGGAAAACAGAGAGGCAGACGCUCUUGGCUACUAGAAUAUUUCUACUUUUUUGAGGUAUAUUUUGCCACAGUUUAAUUCUUGGUUGUGAAAGAAGAAGGAAUUCAAAUUACUUUCUUGUUUGGUGUUUAUAUAAAUAGCUAGUGAGAAAACAUUUUUCAUAAAUGAAACGAGACAAACACCUGCUGUAAAAAGACUACUUCCCUCAAACAUCGAAUUCAGCAGAACUCAAAGCAUGGCUACAUAUUAAAGAUCUUCACUUGAUUUUCCUGAAUUCUUUCAACAAAUCCGUUUAAGUCAGCGCAGUUAUGGAACAUUUGCUUUACAGAGAGCUCCUCAAAAGAGCACAACAUUCAAUCUUGACUGAACCAAUUUUCCUUGUUAUCAUCAACACAAUGUGGCCAUCUCUUGUAACAUUUCUGUUUCCUAUGUGGAGGGGGGGAGGGAAAAAUAUGUUGAAAAGAUCAAAAUUUCUGUAAGGCCCCCCCUGCAGACCAUGUAAAUAGCAACUGACCAACUACUUUAUUCAAUAUUUACUUGUUGACCCCCUCCCCCUCCCCCACUUCAUAUCUCCUCACAUAUGCUCUACAAAGUAUAUCGUAAAUGCUCUUGAUUUUUGGCCGUCUCAGUUUUAAAAGGAAAUAACAGGAACAAGAAAUAACAAACGCAUUGAAUAACUGACUUUUAUCUCACUUCGUCGUUUUUGAUUUAAAUAUAGUUACUACUCAUGUUAACGAUCACUUCUGAAGAUGUAUGUUGAAGCAGGCGAAACGUCAAAUUUGAUAUUAUAAAGUCAGUUAUACAAAGCAUUUGUUAUUUCUGAUGUUUGUAAAAGCAGUUUGUGUAUUAUUCCUCUACAAAGUAAUUAAAGUAUUAAAAUGCAUGUAACAUACUUUCAGCUCAUAAAAGUGUUGUUUUGUUAAAUAGAAGAAAAGUGAUAGAUUUUUAAAAAUAGUGCCUUCAUGGAGAACACAAAUGUAAUAACCAUGUAAAAUAUAAUUCUUUUCAAAUGAUGUUCCUACAGUUGUAAAAGGACUACUUUCUUGUUGUUUAAUUAUGUUUUUCUUGGACUACUAAAGUGACAAGCAUUUUGUUAUAAGAAAAUUCACUCCGACCAAAUAUUAAAGCAGAUAGGUCUGGAUUCUUUAUUAGCUAAAAUUUGAAAUAACAAUGAAGUUUAGAGUGCAAACAGAAUUUCUGUCAAAUACAAAUGACUAAGUUGUACAAAUUAGUGGUGCUUAAACAAAAAGUAAUAGGAUUAGCAUAACUCUUUUGCAAAUCGUCCUUUUGGCCUUUUAUAUCAUUAUUAUGUCCAUCACUUAAUUUAUUGCCAUUAAAUUGUUAUAAAUUUAAUUUAGUUUAAUUUAACUGUUUUACCCAUCUUGGCCAAUGGACCCCUCUUAAAAUAUACCUGGCGAUCAAACUGCUGACCCCUCCUAAACUUCUUUAUAAGAAUGUUUAGCCCCCCCCUCCUCUAGCCAAUCUGAUAUAGCCUUGAUCCCCCCUUCUUUUUUCCCUCCACACCCCCCUUUACAUAAAUAAUCUCCGGUCCCUUAGUGAUACCAUCCUCGGAGAGCCAGGGGCAAUCAGUCUGGUCGGGAGAAAAGGCGGGACGAAAUUUAAAGUUUUCAAUAAAAAUGAAAUAAAAAUGACUCCCCUCUUGGUUUUGUUUUGUUAUUUACUGCCUCUUUUCGUCUUGAGUCAUUUGGAAGAUACUUUUUUUUUUAACUAGACAGCAUUCCUACUUUGGUGUCAUGCAUUGUGAAAACUCGGUAUUUCAAAUUGCUUUGUUUUCGAAAUGAAUUAUGCUACGGGACUGGAAACUUGUACAAGGAUUUAUUUUUUGUUUAUCUUCUAUUUUGACGUUACAAUUUAAUGACGUCAGUGUGAAAGCCAUCUUUAUAAAUAACUACUGAGAAAACGUCUUUUGUUAAUUAUAGAUUAAAUAAAUCAUAUAUGAACUGCGGAAAUGAAAUGAAAAUGAAGAAAACAUUUUCUAUAAAUAAGACGAGACAAACACCUGCUGUAAAAAGACUAUUUCUCUCAAACAUCGAAAACAGCAGAGCUCAAAGCCUGGCCACAAAUUAAAGAUCUUCACAUGAUUUUCCUGAAUUCUUUCAACAAAUCCGUUUACGUCAGCCUCGUUAUGGAACAUUUGCUUUACAGAGAGCUCCUCAAAAGAGAACAACAUUUAAUGUGGACUGAAGCAAUUUUACUCGCUAUCAUCAACAUAUUUCUAUGGCCAUCUCUGGGAACAUUUCUGUUUCCUACGCCCGCGCAUAGAAACCAGAGACUUCAUUCACUUGCCAAUAUUAUGUUUGUUAUAGCACUGGCUGAUAGUGAUUUAGUAAUACCGGUCUGCUGUAUGCCUCUUUCAGCACAGGCGGCCCAGACUCUGUGGGAGUUCGUAAGACUUUGAUUUUAUAAGAGAAUGUAUGAAAAUAAGCAAAAUACGUCCUAAAUUCCAUUUUUUGACAAAAAUAGAGAUAAAAAUGACUCCUCUCUUGGUUUUGUUUUGUUAUUCACUGCAUCUUUUUUUCUGUAGUCAUUUGGAAGCCGUUUUAUCGACGUUUAAGAUUUUGAGUUGUACAAACAACGAAUGUUGAACUUGUAAAACGAAUGUCAAAGUUGAAAAACGAUUGCUGCUAUUUAUAACUCAAAUGUCAAACUUGAAGUACAAAUGUCCAAUAAAAAAAAUGUUGAAUGGAAUAAAACGAACGUCAAAGUUGAAAAACAAAUGCUCAAUGGAAUAAAACGAAAGUCAGAGUUGAAAAACGAAUGUUCAAUUGAAUAAACUUAACGUCAAACUUGAAAAACAAAAUGAAAAUGUUAAAUCGAAAAAAAAAACAAACGUCAAACUUGAGAGACGAAUGACGAACUUUAAAAACGAAUAUUGACUUUGAAAAAUACGAAUGUCAAAUCUUAAAAACGAGUGGAGCAGUUGAAUUUUGAUAAGGAAAACGCGCCAUAAAAACCCGCUUAGAACUCGGUCAAGACUAGAAAACCCGGCGGCACUCGGGUUUUUUUUGUACGUUUUAACUUUAAUUAGUUAAUUGGAAAUAACCCGGCUAAGUUCCCAAGUGCGGCCGUAGCCGUGUCUGCGAAGUGAAUGAAACCAACGGACGGCUUGAGUGACAAAGAUCGAAUUUCUCCGUAUUCUGGAAAAUCUUUUCCAGUACCCUAACAGACGGAGAGGCAGACGCUCUUGGCUACUAGAAUAUUUCUACUUUUGGAACUACAUAUUGCCACUGUUUAAUUCUUGGCUGUGAAAGAAGGAAUUCAAAUUACUUUCUUGUUUGGUAUUUAUAUAAAUAACUACUGAGAAAACAUUUUCAUAAAUGAGACGAGACAAACACCUGCUGUAAAAAGAUUACUUCCCUCAAACAUCGAAAACAGCAGAGCUCAAAGCCUGGCCACAAAUUUGAGAUCUUGACACGAUUUUCCUGAAUUCUUUCAACGAAUUCGUUUGAGUCAGCCCCGUUAUGGAACAUUUGCUUUACAGAGAGCUCCUCAAAAGAGCACCGCCUUUAAUCUGGACUGAAGCAGUUUUCCUUGCUAUUAUCAACAUAAUGGCCAUCUCUGGUAACAUUUCUGUUUGUUGCGCCGUGUAUAGAAACCAGAGACUUCGUUCGCUUGCCAAUAUGUUUGUUAUAGCACUGGCUGUUAGCGAUUUAUUAAUAUCUGUCUGCGGUAUGCCUUUUUCAAUUGCUUCUCUCGUUCAAGGCAGAUGGAUUUUCGGGACUACUGUUUGUCGACUGCAGGGCUUUGCAAUUUUAACGUUUGCGAUAUCAUCUCUACUUACUAUGGGGGUCAUUGCAGUUAGCCGAUAUGUUUCCGUGGUGAAACCAGCCAGGUACAUUGUAUUAUUCCGGAGGCAAAGAAUUUUGAUGUACACUGCGGCAGUAUGGUGUAUGGCUCUCUUUGGUUCAGUGCCUCCGCUAAUUUUUCAGACAGGCGGAUACACUUUCCAACCAGGAAAAGCAAUGUGCAUGUACCCAUUCCAAAGUAACAUUGCUUUUACCGUCUUCAUCGAAUGUGUGUUUGUCGCUACGCCCUUUACACUCAUCACUUUCUGCUACGCCAAAGUGUUCUACACAGUUUCAAGAUCAAAUCGUGUUUUCACGCAAGAAAAUAACCUUGAACAGCUCAGAGCAAACGUCGAAGAAGCCAAAGUGACCAAGACAUUAGCCUUGGUCAUGGCCAGUUUCUCGCUGUGUUGGCUUCCUAUUUGUAUCACGGAUUACAUCGACGCAGCACGCGGGGAGCCCACUUUGCCAAGACAGAUGUACCUUACUUACGGGUUUCUGGCCUACUUAAGUAGCUCUAUUAACCCCUUUAUAUAUGGCGCUACCAACAGGCGCUUCAGACGAGAAUACAAAAUUAUUUUGAAGAAGAUU